AUGAGGCCAAUUCUCUUGCAAGGCCAUGAGCGAUCGCUCAACCAAAUCAAAUAUAACAAAGACGGCGACCUCCUUUUCUCGGUUGCGAAAGACAAAGUGAUCUGCGCCUGGUUCACUAGCAACGGAGAAAGGCUAGGAACAUACAACGGCCAUCAGGGUGCCAUUUGGACCGUCGAUGUAUCUCCCAACACCGAACUCCUUGCCUCCGGCGCCGCAGACAACACGAUAAAACUGUGGAAUAUCAGAACUGGUGAAAAUGUCAAGACAUGGGAGUUCCCGACUGCCGUCAAACGGGUCGCGUUCAGUGAAGACGGGAAGCAAUUACUGGCAAUCACAGAAAAGCGAAUGGGAUACUUGGGAACGAUAGUGGUCUACGACAUCCGAUACGGCGAUGACCUUUCAGACCAGACCGACGAAUACAGUCUAAGGAUCACGUGUGAGGAAAGCAAGGCCACAGUCGCGGGAUGGAGUUACCUGGACAAGUAUAUCAUCUCGGGCCAUGAGGAUGGGAGUGUGAGCCAAUGGGAUGCGAAAACAGGGGAACUUCUGUUGACCCAAGAAGCCCAUGAGUACGACACCACCAUCAAUGAUUUGCAGUUCUCUCCCGACCGGACCUACUUCAUCACAGCUGGAAAAGAUAAGACGGCCAAGAUUCUGUCUUCGCGGGACCUGAGCGUUCUCAAGUCGUACUCGGCCGACACGCCCUUGAACACGGCUGCGAUCACCCCCAAGAAGGACUUUGUCAUCCUGGGAGGUGGUCAAGCGGCUAUGGAAGUCACCACAACGUCUGCCCGACAAGGUAAAUUCGAAGCUCGCUUCUACCACAAGAUCUUCGAGGACGAAAUCGGUCGUGUCCGAGGUCAUUUCGGCCCCCUCAACACCAUUGCCGUCCACCCCCAAGGCAUCGCAUACGCAAGUGGCGGCGAAGACGGCUACGUCAGAAUGCAUGCUUUCGACAAGGCUUAUUUCGAUUUCAUGUACGAGGUGGAGAGAGAACAAGCACGGAAGUGA